AUGCCUCGCGCACCCCUGGCGCUGCGCUUGUGUGUGCUCUGCGCACUCCUUCCCUUGUUGGUGCACCCAAGAGGGAGGAACCCUCACACACACGAGGUAUCCCUUCUGAAGGCCCUCCACAGGAGGGGCAAUCAACCCAUCAGCAAGCUGAGGGCCGCUCCAAGUCAACGGAUACACCCUCUGCCGGAACCUCCGCCGUCGCUCCAGACAUUUGACCACCCCCAUAAUGGAGGUAACAGAACUAAACUGUUUUACCUCUGUGCAGCGCUGAAGAAGCUUGGAAGACUCCGCAUUGUUCUGAGGGGACGUUCUAAUUCUGCGGGUGUGUCGAAAAAUGGGGGUGAGAUGAAGGACGGAGUGGACCCAUCCCCUCGGAUUCCCCCUCCCAAACGAGGCGUCCAAAUGGGUCAACAGGAGGACGCUCUAGGGGAACCCCCCAAUAAGCCGAAUCGCACUGCCAAGAUUGCCCCACGUGAAAGCGAAACAAACAAAGGAGAAACCAGACCGCUCGAGUCGGAAACUCCCCGGGGGGGCCAACCCAACUCCGUCGACUUUUAUAUAAGCCUUUACAAAGAUCAUCUUCUCAAACGGCACAGCAAAAUAAUGGAGCUGUCCCCCCCAAGGCAAAGCGAACAGACGGAAAGGAAAAGAAAAAAAGAAGCCACCCUUGAUGAUAUCCUAUACGGGGGUCUUCUAAAUAUCUACAAGCCUGUAAAUAUGUACUCUAUGAAAGUCUGCCAGAGGGUCAAACAGGUCCUUAGAGAGCACUUCAAACAUGUGAGCCAGACAAACUUAAACUUCAAAGUGGGACAUGGAGGGACAUUAGAUCCUUUCGCUGAGGGGGUCCUAGUCAUCGGCAUACAGAAGGGAACCAAGCAGCUCAUUGAUUUUUUAAAAUGCUACAAAAAGUAUUUAGCCUUAGGCCUCUUCGGCUUGGAGACAGACACACUGGACCGGGAAGGAACAGUAGUAAAGACAAGCAGCCAAUUUGUGAAAGGGACCUCUCACUUGGGUACCACCACCCAUGAUGAACGUGCAUCACAAGAAAAUAUUACUCUCGCUCUGAGUAAAUUUAUUGGACAUAUCGAUCAAACCCCGCCACUGUACUCCGCCAAGCGGGUCGACGGAAUGAGGCUCUACGAAUACGCUCGAAGAAAAAUUGCUGUUCAUAUCAAGCCAAAUAAAGUACACAUUCAGGAUUUAAAAUACUUAAACCAAGUGGACCUCCCCUUCUUCGACUUGGAAAUCAAAUGCUCUGGCGGCACGUAUAUACGAAGUCUCGUGCGCGAUUUUGCACACGCACUGAACACGCAUGCCACGUUAAUUAAGCUUAUUCGUAUCCAACAGGGGGGGAAUUUUCUAUAUGAGCACUCUUUACACUACGAUGAUAUAAACAUGGAGAAUGUUAAGAGGCACUUGAUCAAGCUGUAG